UUAUGUUCUCUUUUGUAGAUGUGCUCCUCUAUUUAAUUCUUGUUUGUUUGUUGAAUCGUCAUUACCAGCAUUUGCCCCUGAAAUUUCAUCGAUUUUACAUAAAUGGAAUCCUCCAAAUACACGUACAUGGCAAAGUGGACUGAGCCGUUGACCGAAUUGUUUAUAAGUCUGAUGGUAGAUGAGGUAAAAAAGGGAAAUCGCACAUCAUGUACCUACAACAGAGUAGGGUGGAUUAACAUUGAAAAAGAAUUCAAUGAACAAACAGGACUUCACUUUAGUCUACCACAGUUCAAGAACAAGGCACAGAAACUGAAGAGACAAUAUGGUAGUUUUAAGAAGCUGCUUUUAACAACGGGAUUUGGAUGGGACGAUGACAUCAAGAGGGUUGUUGUGGAUGAUGAAACUGUUUGGGCAAAUCACAUUAAGGCUAAUACUGAAUGGGCCAAGUUCAGGAAGGACGGAUUUCCUUUGUAUUCACAGCUUUGUGUUGUGUUUGGAGAUACAUACGCCACUGGGGAGUUUGCAAUAGGAAAUGCGCAAGGCGUGGCACCGUCGGAGGGUACAGUGGUGGUGGUGGUGACAAUGAUGUUCAUGUCAACCUAA